AUGUCGGGCGUCGAUCUAGCCAAAGCCGUCGGGUACCAGGAAGAGGACAAACCCGUUGCCUGGAAUCAGAGGGACUUGCUGGUCUACGCAGUUGGUAUUGGUGCGAAGAAGGAUGACCUUUCUUUGGUGAACGAACUCGACAAGGCAUGGGCACCAUUUCCGACAUACCCCGUCGUCCUUGGCUUCAAGGGCACGAGUCAGGACGUCGUCGACUUCCGGCAGCUCAUGGGGGGCGGGAAGUCAACGCCAGGCCUUCCGAAGUUGAACCCUGAUCGUGUCGUGCAUGCUUCACAAAGCAUUGAAAUCCUCAAGCCACUCCCGGCGGUCAGCGGGUCCGGAUGGAAGUUGAAGAGACGCGUCACAGGCGUCACGGAGAACAAAACUGGCCUGCUCGUCGAGGGCGAGACCGUACUUGUCGACGCACAAGGAACACCCUACGCGAAGCUCUACUCUGCCGCGUUCAACCUCGGCGCACGGCCGACAGGCGCAAACUUCUCCAAGCGCAUCGCAGGCCCUCCGCAAGCAAAGCCCGUCCCGAAGGACAGGAAGCCCGACUGGGUCAUUCGGGACGAAACUAAGCCCGAGCAGGCCAUACUCUAUCGGCUCAGCGGCGACUAUAACAUGCUGCACAUCGACCCGAGUAUUGGCCAGGCAUCCGGCUUCGGCGGGGUGAUCCUGCACGGCCUGGCGACGUACGGCUUUGCUGCGCGCGCGCUCGUGAGUGCGAUCGGCGGGAACGACCCCAAGUCGCUGCGUUUCUUCGCGCUGCGCUUCACCGCGCCCGUCAAGCCGGGCGAUGCGCUCGAGACGGCGGUCUGGGAGGUGGGUCCUGGCCCCGAUGGGACGACGGAGGUGACGUUCGUCACGAAGAAUGUGACCACUGGGAAGGUUUGCCUCGGUGCUGGGGUGGCGUACAUCAAUAAGUUGGAGAAGGGGAAGUUGUGA